AUGUCUACCACCACCAAGCGCAAACAGGAGGCCACCGUGCCCGCCAUCCAGCAGACUACCGCUGAGCAGCAAUCCGACAAUGUCGCGCACGCAUUGGCAGGAGCCGGAGGCGGACUGCUGUCCAUGGCAUUGACCUACCCAUUGAUCACGCUCUCCACCCGAGCUCAGGUCGAGAAGAAGAAGGCCUCAACCGGCACCCUCGACGCCGCCAAGCGCAUCAUCGACCGCGAAGGCAUCGUCGGUCUCUACGCCGGUCUUGACAGCGCCUUGUUCGGCAUCACAGUCACCAACUUCGUGUACUACUACUGGUAUGAAUUCUCCCGCGCCUUCUUCCAACGCACGACCAACAAAACCGCCCUCUCGACCCUCGAAUCCAUGGCCGCGGGCGCCCUCGCCGGCUCCGCCACCGUCCUCCUCACCAACCCGAUCUGGGUCAUCAACACCCGCAUGACGGCGCGCGAGAACGAGGGCCACGGCCUCCCCACAAAAGAAGGCGAAGCGGUCCGCAAGACCAAGCCCCCCGGCACAAUCUCCACGCUGAUGAAGAUCAUCCACGAGGACGGCGUGACGCGCCUGUUCGCCGGUGUGCUGCCCGCGUUGGUGUUGGUCAUCAACCCGAUUCUGCAGUACACCAUUUUCGAGCAGUUGAAGCAGGCCGUGGAGAAGAGGAGGAAGGUGGGAGCGACGGAUGUGUUUCUGAUCGGUGCGUUGGGAAAGUUGGCGGCGACGAGUAUUACGUACCCGUAUAUUACCGUCAAGUCGAGGGCGCAUGUGGCUGCGAAGGACGGUCCCAAGUUGGGCAUGACGGCGACGUUGAAGAAGAUUUACAGGGAGGAGGGUGUUGGUGGUCUUUACGGAGGCAUUGGACCAAAGGUCACGCAGUCGGUCAUCACCGCUGCUUUCUUGUUCGCCUUCAAGGAUGCGCUCUACGACAUGACCGUCAAGGCUCGCCGCUCCGUCAAGAAGAACUAA